UAACAGCAAAAUAUAAAAUAAUUUAUUAAAUAUAUUUGUAUUUAAUUUUUUAAUAUCUUAAAAGCAUCUGAUCUUAUUUUAUAAAACAUAUUUCCUCGGUCAACUCUACAGCAUGGUUGUAAAAAAACCCAAAAAAGAUGAGAAGAGUAAUAUUAUGCGAGAGCUUAAGAUAAGAAAGUUGUGUUUAAAUAUAUGUGUUGGCGAAUCGGGAGAUCGAUUGACAAGGGCGUCUAAAGUUUUAGAACAAUUAACCGGACAACAACCAGUUUUUUCAAAAGCUCGCUAUACUAUACGUUCAUUUGGAAUUAGAAGAAAUGAAAAAAUUGCUGUUCAUUGUACUGUUAGGGGUGCGAAAGCAGAAGAAAUUCUUGAAAAAGGACUUAAAGUUAAAGAAUACGAGUUACGAAAAAGUUGCUUCUCAGGCACUGGUAAUUUUGGUUUUGGAAUACAGGAACACAUUGAUUUGGGCAUUAAAUAUGAUCCGAAUAUAGGUAUUUAUGGCCUUGAUUUUUUUGUUGUUAUGGGUAGACCUGGUUUUAACAUCAAUGAGCGCAAAAGAAAAACAUCUAAAAUAGGUGCAAAACAUAGAAUAACUAAAGAGGAAGUUAUGAAAUGGUUCCAGAAAAAUUAUGAAGGCAUUAUCCUUCCUGGCAAAAAGAAAUGAAAGAUAAUAUUAUAUUAUUAAAUAUAUGUAAUG